AUGAACCCACCUCACGACAUGUCAAGUGCGCAAGACAUGAUUGAAGAAUCAAACAUCCAAAGCUGCAACACGUCUUCUCCUUCGGCGAGCGAACCCACCAUCCCAGAAAGCAACAUGAGCCACUCUGACCACAUGGACAUUGGCACAUCACUAUCCUACACCGAUUGUACCGUCCAAGACACAACCGACUCAUCCUUUGACUCUGAAACCGACAAGAUCGCCUACAAUGGACCUUCUACUAUCCAUGUAGUGAUGCUACGCGUAAGCAACGAAAGCUCUGCGCGUCCCAUGCCACAAGCUGCCUUCUUCAACCGUGACAAGGCACUCGCAUUCUCUACCAGGAUCUUACUGCAGUGGUGUGAUGCUCACUAUCAUGAUUAUAUCUGGAAAGGUCCGGAGAGCUUGAGAAGUGGGUUGAUGGAGAGAUACGCGGCUUAUCAUGCGCAGACCGGAAAACAGCUUGCUGUUGUGGAUGUGAUCAAAGUCAGCAUCUUUGAUGUUAAAGAGACUGAGGCUGUUGUGACUGGAGAAUCAAGCAGCGAAGAGAACGGAGAAGGAGAGGAUGAUGAGCAGCGACAUUUGGAACCAUUCGGAGAAGGACCCCAGGAGGAGGAAUCAUCCGAGGAAAGAUCUGAUGGGGACCGAGACGACAUUGAAACAGCCACCGCUCACUCGACUCAGGUAGGAAAGCAAAAAGUCGACCUUGGUGAGCCCCACGACGAUCCUGCGGAAAUCCUACCCAAAGUCUACACUAUGCAAGCAGCUGCAGAAUAUGCCAUGGAUCUGGUCGCCGAAAGAGCAUUGCGCGAACAGAGCGAGCCAAAGAGUCAGGGCAUGUAUCGAGGUGCUUGGAGAGAAGACUACGAAAUGAGAGUGUUUGGAGGUCCUACCGAAUGA